AUGAUAACCAGAAUUGUGGGCGGCGUUUCGAGGUUGCCUUUGGCCAAAUACAUCGACAAAUUCGGUCGAGUCCAUGGCUUCCUGCUGGCGAUAGGUCUCAUGAUAGCGGGCCUCAUCAUCCAGGCGCUAGCUCAAAAUCUUCCUACAACAGCCGUCGCUCAGAUUAUUUAUGGAAUCGGCUGGAACUCGAUUGAUUACGUUUUUACAGUCCUCUUGGCUGACAUGACUUCCCUCAAAAACAGAACUCUGGUCUACGGCAUAUACGUGACCCCGACCAUAGCCACUAGUUUUGCGGCACCAAAUAUUGCAGAGCUUCUUCAUGUUAAAAUCAACUGGCGCUGGGCUUUUGGCGCUUCGGCACUCACCCUGGUGGCUACUUGCCUUCCGCUUACUAUUGUCCUCAUUCGUGCCAGCCGUGUCGUUCAGUCGGCGGGCCGGGCUAGUGGCGUCGUCCAAAGCAGUGCCAAACGAAAUUUGCUUCGAACCCUUCGAAGCCUUGUGGUAGAAGUUGAUGUCCCGGGUAUCACUCUGAGCACUGCCGGACUUUGCUUGUUAUUUCUCUCCUUUACCCUCGCUCCCACAUUCGAGAAUGGUUGGAAAAGCGCAAGAAUCAUCACAAUGCUCGUGUUAGGCCUUUCAACCAUCAUCGGAUUUGUUGUCUGGGAGAAAUGGUUUGCUACCGUGACUUUUAUGCCUUGGACUUUGAUGAGGAACAGAAACAUACUUGGGGGCUGCCUGGUAGGCUUUGCAUCUGUUGGGUCUGUCGGCAUCUGGGAUGCUUAUUACGGUUCAUACCUUCAAGUGGUUCACAAUCAGAGCAUAACCACUGCUGGGUAUAUCACCAACACUUAUCCUCUUGCCUUUGCAAUCUCUGCACCUCUUUUCGGCAUCCUGCUCUUCAUGUGUCAAGCUUUCAUCGGGAUCUCGGAGAGAAUUCUUACAGCAUCCAGUCAGAUGUCAGCCGUAAGCAGCAUCGAGCACGAUGACGUUGCUGUUGCCAUCGGUAUUUGGGGUGCCUUCCUCUAUAUCGGCGGCGCUCUAGGUCUCGGUAUAUCUGGAGCUAUCUGGUCGAAUGUCUUUCCAGGCGCCUUGGAAGCCGCACUGCCGCAAGACAGUGAACACCUUGCUAAGGACAUAUUCGGGUCCCUGGAUGCUCAAAAACACUAUCCAAUGGGCAGUUCGAUCCGGAACGCUGUAAUCUCAGCAUAUUGGGCUGCUCAGCAGAAUAUGGUCAUCACAAGCAUAUGCGUCAUACCUGUGGCUAUCGCAGGUGCGCUAGCAUGGAAGAAUGUCAAUGUCAAGAAGCAUGAUGAGAGUGAAACCGUGAGGACGAGGGGUGUGGUGUGGUAA